UGUAUUCUAACCUUAAAACUUGAAAACGAUUUGUUUUUGUUCUGUACUUGCGUAUUUUUAAAUUUAAAACUUAAAUAAUGCGACUUUUAAACAUAUUACGAUGUAAACUUAUACCACAACGUGUAAAUAAUGUUUCAAUCUGUUCUUCUGCCAAUUUAUUUAAAGAAUCAACGUGUAUUUCUCUUAAAAUUAAUGAAAAACCGCAUGGGAGAUAUUACAGUGAUAUAACCCCAAAACACGAAGUUUUAACGAUUUUAAGACAAACCAAAGUAAAUUAAGUGAUUUACCGUUGCAUAAACAUACAAUAUGUGCUUUAGCAUCAGGUAGUGGAGCAUGUGGUGUAGCGGUUAUUAGAAUAUCUGGUUCCAAUUCUUUGCCACUUAGUUCUAUGAUUCUUCAAAAUACAAAAUUAAAGCCAAGAUAUGCUACAUUUGCAAAAAUUUAUCAUCCUAUCAAUAAAGGAUUGGUUGAUACAGGACUGGUUUUAUGGUUUCCAGGACCAAAUAGUUUUACAGGAGAAGAUAUCAUUGAAUUACAAGUGCAUGGAAGUCCAGCAAUUAUCAAAUGUUUACUUAAAGGCAUAGUAGAAACUAAUUUAGCACGUAUUGCUGAACCUGGAGAGUUUACAAGGAGAGCUUUCUACAAUAACAAAAUGGAUUUGGCAGAGGUAGAAGGUUUAAGAGAUUUAUUGAAUGCAGAAACAGAUAUUCAAAGAAAACAAGCAUUAGCAAUGAGUAGAGGAGUCCAAUCUAAAAAGAUCAACGAAUGGAUCAGCCGUUUAUCAGACGCAACGAGCGUAAUCGACGGUCACAUCGAAUUCGGUGAUACAGACGAUGUUACAAUCAACAUGGCCGAUAUAAACACAACACUAACGCAAAUACAAAAUGAACUAACGCAGGCGAUUACAACAAGCGCGAAAGGAUUCACAAUCAAAACCGGGUUAAAUAUAGCAUUAUACGGCGUGACCAACGUGGGUAAGUCAUCUUUACUCAACGCACUCACUUCUGAAGACCGUGCAAUCGUGAGUGAUAGUCCAAACACAACUAGGGACUUGAUACAAGUACGAAUGGACUUAAACGGAUAUCCGGUUAACCUCACAGACACUGCUGGCUUCUAUAAUGAUCCUUCACAUAGAAUAGAAACAGAAGCUAUGAAGAAAAGCAUUGAAAUACUGUUUGAUAAUAAUACAGCUAUUCACGUGCUUGUUAUCAGUGCAGAUAUUUAUUUAAAAUAUGCAAUGAAGUAUUUAUCUGCUAAACCAGCGAAGAUUUUGAGUGAAUAUGUGGAGGAUAUGUUUGUUUCUGGUUUGGUAAGACCAGAAAAUGAAAAUUUUCAAAGUUUAUUUGUGAAAAACACCAUUGUAGUUAUUACUAAACUAGAUUUAAUUAAAAGCGAAGAUAAAACACAUUUUAAUGAGUUAUUACAAGAGAAAAACGUAAUUGGGACUUCAAUUGUUAAUAAUUACGGUGUUGACAAGUUGUUUGAUUGUUUUAAUCAACAAAUCAAAGAAAUUUAUUACGAUUUUAAUCCGGAUGAUGUGCAAUUCAACACAAUCCGAACCUUGGAAGCUGUCAAAAAGGCGUCACAAUGCAUUCAAGACGCCAUUUUAGUAGCCGACACUGCAAUAGACACAAAAUCACACUUUAUGCGUGCUACAAUCACUCAUCUAAGUGGUAUUUUAGGUAAAACAUGUUCAUCUGAUAUGCUAGAUGAUAUUUUCGAGAAUUUUUGUGUUGGUAAAUAAAUAUUUUGAAGGAUA